AUGGAAAGUGUCAGCAAGACUCGCCACUUUUCGUGUGUAUGCAGUUUUGAUCAAUGGGACAGUUUGUAUGAAGCCAACCAUUUGAGGACCUUGAUUUCAUCAUGGAAUAGUCCCAACUUAGAUGCUAUAUUCCUGAAGCUCCAGUGUUUAAGAGUGCUCAAUUUAUUUGGUAACAGUAUUGAGGAGCUACCUAGUUCAAUUGGCAAGUUGAAGCAUCUAAGGCACUUUGACUUGUCUGCCACAGAUAUUAAAAAGUUACCCGAUGAAAUUUGUUCUUUAUAUAAUUUGCAGACGUUAUUGUUGUGGCUUUGUCAAUCUCUUGCUGAGCUGCCAACUGAGUUGGGAAAAUUAGUGAACUUGCGUCAUCUUGAUAUUCAAGGGACAAACAUUAAGAUGAUGCCAACAACGAUGGGGAAAUUGAAAGAUCUCCAAACACUGAGAGGUGAUUUUGUCCUGGAUGAAAAUAGUGGAGGUAAUAUUGUAAAGAUUAAAAAGCUUCAGCAGUUGAGAGGAACACUGCAUCUCGGGGCUUUGUAA